AUGGCGACCGUCACCCAUAUCAUCUACUCCCACUACGACCCAAACGACAGAGAACGUUUGGAGGCGGAAACGGGUCAGAUUGAUCCUCAGGAUGAAAUUGACGCUGACGAAGAAUGGCGGAUUCAAACCACCAUCUCUGGACAGCGGCGAACACGACUGCCGCCUCGAUUCGUACCUGCGACGACCACUUAUGACCCCUGGAGUAGUACUCCUACUACUGCGGCAACCGGUACCAAAAUCGAGGACAAUGCUAGGGGUGACAGCCUCUCACAAUGGUACCGAUCUAUCAGCAAGACUCAUGCCAAUGUGGCUACAACGUCUCACCAGCCCAAGCAACUGCCUAAUCGACCCCCGAAUCUAGAAAACUCCACGCAGCACCCGAAAUCGUACCGGGGACGUGACUGGUUUAUCCAGAAUGCACUUUCUUCUCGGCCAGACUCGCCUGUAGCCUCUGCCCCACCGCCCACCCUUCACGAGAUGUUAAUCCGGCACCCCCCACCACUUCCCUCGGAACCAAAGUUUAAGCAGCCCGUGUGGUUAGCACUUGGUCCCACAAAUAAAGGUUUUGCCAUGCUUCAGCAGAAGGGUUGGCACGAGGGCGAACCUUUGGGACCAAGUAUACCCCGAGACCGCAAAGCAGCGGAUCCACAAGACAGCGAGCUAUUCGACGAGGCAUCAGGGAAGGGUGUACCAACGGAGCGUAUACAACGGUCGGUGGCCGUGAAGCUCGAGCAAACCGAUAACGACAACUUCGUAGAAGUCAUAGAUCUCACUGUCUCCGAAGACGAAGACUCGGGGAGCAUGGUUGAGGCCGAUGAUGGCGAAGAUUCAACGCCAACAGCAAUGCCCCCUGCUGACGAGGACUUGCUGGGUGGACGCACAGCAUUGAUAACACCUAUAGCUACCACUCUGAAGGCCGAUCGCCUGGGCAUCGGAUUGAAGGCAAAAACCGAGGGGCCAUACCAUGUGUCAAAGAAGCGGAUAACCCACAACAAGGCGGCUUUAGCCGCCCAUAUACAGGCCGCUGAACGUCUUCGAAAGCAGAAGCAGGAGAUAGGACGGGGCUACCGUAGCUUCGCAAGAGCGAGUAAGAGAGAGUCGACAGCGAGACAGCAGAUGAUAGCUUAUAUGAACUCCUGA